UCACACUCAUCACUUCCUCUGUUAUCACAAGCAGCCAUGCAUCUGAUGGGGAUCAUUUUGUUUUUGACUUUUUCCGUUAAAAAUGAUAUCGCAGAAACAACCAGCGUUCUAGGCUACAAGAGAUCAACAGAUAACCCUGGAUAUCCCAAGAACAUCAGUACCAAUGAUCCAAACGUAAAGGCAGCAGCACGGGUGACGGUUUAUGCUUAUAAUAACAUGUCUAAUGACUUGUUCUUGUUCAAGGUACUUGAGAUAAAGAAAGCAAUGAUACAGAUUGUUAAAGGCAUAAAGUACAUGUUACAAACUAAGAUAGGAAGAACGAUCUGCACAAAGAGACAAACCACAAAUCCAGAUAAAUGUGACUUCCAGAAGGAAAAUCUUCUCAAAAAGGUGUUGGACUGUUAUUCUGAAGUCUGGAAUAUCACUUGGAUACAUGAAGUCACUGUCCUUGUUCUGAAAUGCAAAGACAUUCCGGUUGUGCCGCUCAAAAAUGAAACCAAAGAAUAUCUCUUCUACUCACCAGAAGCAAUAUGAUUGUAAGAAAGGAUUACAAACCGAGAUAUUAUAAACAGUCAGGUCUGUGAUGAUGAUGAUUUUAUCAAUAGUCAAUAAACUAUAUGUCUUGAACAUAAUUACGU